CUGCCUCCAGGAAGCGGCCGAGCCGCGGCGAGCCCAGCCGAGCCGAGCCGAGCCGCGCCGCGCCGCCGCCGGGCAUGAGCUCCGGCUCCCCCGGCGGCCGCAGCGGUGCCAGUGGCGGCGGGCGGCGGAGACCGAAGGGGAGGCGGCGGCGGAGGAGGCGGAGGAGGAGGAGGAGAGGGGCCCCGGCAGCGGCCGCCUCGGCGGGGGGCUGCGGCGGCUAGCGGGAGAUGCGCUGCGUGCCCGCGGCGCCCCGAGCAGCAUGUUCCCCGCCGCCGACAGCGCUAGCGGCACGGCCGGACAGCCCGAGGCAACGGGGGGCGCCGCCAGCACCGCCGCUCCCCCUCCGUGCUCGCACGGCAGCCGCAGCGGCGACGAGGAGGAGGAGGAGGAGGCGGCCGAAGACGAAGAGGACGGGGAGCGCGGCGCGCCCCGCUUGGUGCUGGCGGCGGGGCUGGCGCUGCUGGCCGCCUCCGUCGCCUACCUGGGCCGGCAGGAGGAGGCGGGGGGCCGCGGGCCGCUCUGCCUGGCCCUGCCGCUGCUCCGCCUCGCCCUCUACGCGGGCUGCGCCGCCGCCGCCGCCGCGCUGGGCGCCCUGCUCGGCCUGCUCGGCCGCCGCCGCCGCCUGCCCCCGCCCGCCCGCCCCGCUGCGCCCCGGCCGCGGCUGCCGGCGAGUAAUUGGCCUGGGAGCUGCCACGAUUCUGUUCCGUCAAGGAGAGUAGUCAUUUCUCACAACAUGGAUAAAGCACUGAAAGAAGUGUUUGACUACAGCUACAGAGAUUACAUCCUGUCCUGGUAUGGGCCACUCAGCAGAGAUGAAGGGCAGCUGUACCAGCUGCUAUCUGAAGACUUCUGGGAGAUUGCCAAGCAGCUGCGACAGAGGCUGAGUCACAUUGAUGUAGUUAAAGUCGUCUGCAAUGAUGUAGUGAAAGCUUUACUCACACACUUCCGUGACCUUAAAGGAGCCAAUGCCAGGCAGGAAGAUCCACCGAGACCUUUCUUGCUGCAUCCGUGCUUGAGGAGCUCUGAUGAAGAAGUAAGAUUCCUGCAAAAAUGUUCUCAAAUUCUGGUGUAUUGUCUCCUACCCUCAAAGGAUAUCCAGUCUGUCAGCUUGCGCAUAGUCCUUGCAGAAAUCCUUGCAACAAAAGUACUGAAACCAGUGGUGGAACUGCUGAGUGAUCCAGAUUAUAUCAACCAAACGCUACUCAGCCAGCUGGAGUACAGAGAACAGAUGAAUGAACAUCAGAAGAAAGACUACACAUAUGCUCCUUCUUAUGAGGAGUUCAUCAAGCUCAUUAACAGCAGCUCCGAUGUUGAGUUCCUGAAACAACUGAGGUAUCAGAUUGUAGUGGAAAUAGUUCAGGCAACCACAAUCAGCAAUUUUCCCCAAGUGAAGAAGCAGAAAGAUUCAAAAGGAAAAGAAACUGCAGCAAUGAAAGCUGACCUGCUGAGAGCUCGCAACGUGAAGAGGUAUAUUAAUCAGCUGACAGUGGCAAAGAAGCAAUGUGAGAAGAGAAUAAGGCUCCUGGGAGGGCCUGCUUAUGAUCAACAGGAAGAUGGCAGUUUCGAUGAAGGUGGUGCCCCUCAGAGUCAGAAGAUUCUUCAGUUUGAAGAAAUUUUGGCCAAUCCUUCAUACCGAGAGCACUUUCGAGUCUAUAUGGAAAGGAUGGACAAGAUGGCUUUGAUUGGUCUUUGGGAGUCUGUGGAGUGCCUGAAGAGUGCUAACAAGGCUGAAAUACCUCAACUGGUUAGUGAAAUUUAUCAGAACUUUUUUGUGGAAAGCAGAGAAAUACCUGUGGAAAAAUCACUUUAUAAAGAAAUACAGCAAAGUCUUGUGGGCAAUAAAGGCAUUGAAGUAUUCUACAGAAUUCAGGCAGAUGUUUACGAAACUCUAAAGGACAGAUACUACCCCUCAUUCAUUGUCAGUGAUUUAUAUGAGAGAUUGAUCAAGAAGGAAGAAGAAAGAAGUUCUUUGCGACUGGCUCCUGAGGACAAAGAUGAGGCGAGCCACGGUUGUGAAGAAACUACAGAAGAAUGCAGCACGAGAAUUAAUGAACAGGCCAGUUAUGCUGCAAAUAAGCUUCGUCAGCUAAAUGACAAGCUCGAAUAUAAGAAACAGGCUCUAAAUUCCAUAUGUAAUUCACCAAAACCCGACAAAAAGAUUGUUUCUAAGCUGAAGGAUGAAAUCACCCUGAUGGAGAGAGAGCACAAUGACCUUCAGCUGCACAUUGCAAGAACAGACUGGUGGUGUGAGAAUCUUGGCAUGUGGAAAGCCUUCAUAAUCUCAGGCGAGGUUUUAGAAGAGAAUGGAGAACAAGUGCCCUGUUAUUCUGUCAUGGUGAGUUUACAAGAAGUUGGUGGAGCUGAAACUAAGAACUGGACCGUUCCCAGGAAGCUCAGUGAGUUUCAGAACCUGCACCGGAAGCUCAGCGAGUGCUUUCCAUCAUUAAAGAAAGUUCAGUUGCCUUCCCUCAGCAAGCUGCCCUUCAAGUCCAUAGACCAGAAAUUCAUGGAGAAGUCCAAGAACCAGCUAAAUAACUUUCUGCAGAAAUUGCUGUCUGAUGAAAGACUCUGUCAAAGUGAAGCACUUUAUGCCUUCUUGAGCCCCUCUCCAGAACACCUCAAAGUUAUCGAUGUGCAAGGAAAGAAGUCAUCUUUUUCGCUCUCAUCAUUUCUUGAACGCCUUCCUGGUGAUCUGUUUUCUCAUCAGGAGGAAGAAACGGAAGAGGACAGUGACCUGUCAGACUAUGGAGAAGAGGUGGAUGGGAAAAAGGACUCUCUUGCUGAGCCGUGUUUCAUGCUGAUCGGGGAGAUCUUUGAGCUGCGAGGAAUGUUUAAGUGGGUCAGAAAAACAUUGAUUGCACUAGUACAAGUCACUUUUGGAAGAACUAUCAACAAGCAAAUCCGGGACACCGUACACUGGAUAUUCAGUGAACCAAUGCUUGUUUAUUAUAUUGGUGUGUUUCGAGAUGCAUUUUGGCCGAAUGGAAAGCUAGCACCACCACAAAGAGCCAAGAGCGAUGAACAAAAGCAAGAAACAAAACAGAGAGCACAGCAAAAACUACUUGAAAACAUUCCAGAUACUCUGCAGAGUCUUGUUGGACAACAAAAUGCCCGUCACGGUGUAGUGAAAGUGUUCAAUGCGCUGCAAGAAAGAAAGGCUAACAAGCAUCUACUAUACGUUUUGAUGGAACUGCUGCUAACAGAACUGUGUCCUGAGCUACGAGCUCAUUUAGAGCAGCUUAAUGCCACUUAGGUUUGGAUCUGCACAAGUGGACCACUAGAGAAAUGUCUAUGUCCAAUAAUAGACAUGAAACUUAUUUUCCUCUUUUCCAUAGAGGGCUGAGGACUAUGAUUAUUUUUAGGGUUUUUCUUUUCCUCUUGAGUUUUUUGUGAAGUAAACAGACUUGAAAAGAUCUGAUGCUGUAGUAGGGUAGACAAAACAAUGCUGUAUAGUAGCCAAUUUUUAUUUAAAUUGUUCUAUUUGACUACUCUUCUGUUUCAAAUAUAGAUUGGAAAAUAAAUGUUCAUAUAAGCUCAAAGAAACCAGAAAAUAUUUUAAACAUUUAUGAAAAGAAGUUUUGCUUAUAGUGGUAAACUAAUGAAUGUUGUACAGUUCUAAUCUCCUCACUGAGGAUUUGAGCAUUCCUUUUUUCUUGUGUAUUGAAAAAGCCUUGUUGUGCAAUAUUACAUGUAAAGCUAUUGUGAAAAUUUUAUCAAUUUUGUUUUUACCAAAGAUUUCCUGUAGUUUGAAGCAUUUGUAAGCAAUAAAUAACAAAACUGGAUUUCAGUACUUGAUAAUUAGGCUGUGCUAACAACUAUUGAAUGAGUUUGACAGCAGGUUUCAUAAGGAAUAUUUAUGUUACUUUGAAGUCUGUGUCCAAAGUAUGUAUUGUAAACUGGUAUGUCCUACCAGAACGCCUGUGUUAAAUGUGAGUUCAGAGAUAAGUGCUUAUGAACUGCUUCUAUGAAUAAGUAGACAUUUAAUUAAACUAUUUGAAUAGCUUCCCUGAUAUUACUCAGGGCUGUUUUAUUCAAAUACCCCAAUUUCAAACAAUCUUCAAAUCUUUCUCUUAUUUUAUACAAAGGAGGGAAAAAGUAAUGUCUUCAGUGUUUUUUUAAUUUAUGUAAAGAUAUGUAAAUACGGUCUUAAUGCACAUCUAAAUAAUUAAACAACAUCAAAAACC